AGUUGGCCACAGCGGCCGGAGCGGAGGAGCGAGGCGCCAUGUCCGGCCGUGGCAAGAGCGGCGGUAAGGCCCGCGCUAAGGCCAAGUCUCGCUCGUCCCGGGCUGGGCUGCAGUUCCCGGUCGGGCGCGUUCACCGGUUGCUGCGACGCGGGCACUACGCGGAGCGGGUGGGGGCUGGCGCGCCCGUGUAUCUAGCGGCCGUGCUCGAGUACCUGACGGCCGAGAUCCUGGAGCUGGCGGGCAACGCGGCGCGGGACAACAAGAAGACGCGGAUCAUCCCCCGUCACCUGCAGCUGGCGGUACGCAACGACGAGGAGCUCAACAAGCUGCUGGGCGGCGUCACCAUCGCGCAGGGCGGUGUCCUGCCCAACAUCCAGGCCGUGCUGCUGCCCAAGAAGACGAGCGGCGGCGCCGCGAGCCCCGCCAAGGCCGGCAAGAAGGGCAGUGGGCAGCAGUCACAGGAGUACUAGGCCGGCCGCCCCUCCGGCGCCACACAAAAGGCCCUUUUCAGGGCCACCCCAUUGCUCACGGGGAGAGCUGUAAUCCGGGGAGGAGAGGGGGGGUCGGGCCGGCUGCGGGGGACGAGCAGGAGCUGGCCCGAGGCCCGUCAGAUACCGAACACAAGAGCUGCUCUGUAAGGGCUCGUAAUUUACUUGUAUUUACCUCUCUUACCUUCAGUGGACGUUGCACAGAGAAUAAACAGUGCUUCUUUAACAAAACAGGA